CUGCGCUGAUACGGGGUCCCUUUGAUGUCUAAUCCGUGGAAAUGGGGGAGGAGAACGAGCAGCGGAUCGGGGAAAGGGUCUAUGAGUUUCUGCGGAGAGAAGGGAAAGACGAACAAAAGAUGCGUGUGACCAUCCCCGAGGUGCUGAACUGCCAGUAUGGCAUGUAUGUCUGGCCGUGUGCAGUGGUGCUGGCGCAGUAUCUCUGGUAUCACCGGAAAAAUUUGGCAGACAAAAGAGUGUUGGAGGUUGGUGCCGGCGUGAGCCUACCUGGCAUUCUGGCCGCUAAAUGUGGCGCCAAAGUAAUUCUCUCAGACUCGGCAGAGAUGCCGCAAUGCUUGGAAAACUGUCGGCGCAGCUGUAAGAUGAAUAAUAUUGUCGGAGUUCCCGUUAUUGGUCUGACCUGGGGGGAAGUUUCUCCUGAUCUUCUGGAUCUGCCACCUAUUGACAUUAUAUUGGGGUCAGAUGUCUUCUAUGAACCCAAAGAUUUUGAAGAUAUCUUAUUAACCGUGCGCUUUCUGAUGGAGAGGAUGCCACAGGCUGAGUUCUGGACCACUUACCAAGUCAGAAGUGCUGAUUGGUCAGUUGAAGCCCUGCUGUGCAAAUGGAAUCUGAAAUGUACCAACGUUCCACUUAAAACGUUUGAUGCAGAUAAUGAGUGUCUGGCUGGAUCGGAGCUUCCCGGAAGGCACACGGUGCAAAUGAUGAUAAUAACAUUAGAUAGAAAGGGGGCUGGCCACACUGGGUGAGCUGAUUGCCCCCUGGGAAGAGCAGCAACUGAUUUAUUUAUGAGCAACAUUUGGAACAGAAGCAUCUUCACCGCUUUCCCACUGUGCUUCAUCAUUCCACUUCUGGAGUAAGUAAAGGGGAAGAAAGAAUUGCAGAUGUUUGUGGGAGGAGAUUAAGGUUCACUUUAUACUGUGGCCGGAGUCUUACCCUGGUCAUAAAUGUAUAAAUCCUGUUAGCAAUAAGCAAUUCCUUGCUUUGACCUAUAUAGUGGGCCAACAAUCUUAUCCCAUAAGAAGCCUGUUGUUGGCACAUAUAUUAAGGGUAUCCAAUAACCCAUAGCAGCCAACCAAAAUACAUCUGGAUAGUGAACUUAAAGGAGAACAAUCACAAAAUGAAAGUUUAAUAAUACUGAAAUAAAGGUCUAAACUGAA